GCAGGCUGCUGUGGCGUCGGCGCCCGGAGAAGGAGCUGCAGCCGCCGCCUUCUUGGACUCGCAAUCGGGAGGCCUUGUGGGAUCUGUAGUCCCGCCGCCUCGGGCCCGCCGGGGGAAGGAGGAGGAGGCGGAGGAGGAGGCAGGCACACCGCGCAGACCAUGCCCGGGUUCACGUGCUGCGUGCCAGGCUGCUACAACAACUCGCACCGGGACAAGGCGCUCCACUUCUACACCUUCCCGAAGGACGCCGAGCUGCGCCGCCUUUGGCUGAAGAACGUCUCCCGCGCCGGCGUCAGCGGCUGCUUCAGCACUUUCCAGCCCACCACGGGCCACCGCGUCUGCUCCGAGCACUUCCCCGGCGGGCGCAAGUCCUACCUGGUGCGCGUCCCCACCAUCUUCCCCUUGAGGGGGGUCAACGAGCGCAAAGGGCCCCGCGGAGCCCGAGGGGCCCGCGGGGCCCGCGGGGCCAGGAGACCCCGGCACGCCCCCGCCGCCCAAGCCGCUGCCCAGGCGGCCGCUCAAGCCGCCGUCGCCGCUCAAGCCGCCGCCGCCGCACAAGCCGCGAUGCUCCUGACUUUGCAAGAGGGGGCGGCCGCCCAGCCUGGCCAGGGCCUCCUCAGGGCAGCAGCAGCAGCAGGAGGAGGAGGUGGUGGUGGUAGUGGGGGCCCCGUCGGUCUCCCCGGGGAGGAUGUCAAGCCUAUGGACCUGACGGUGCAGGUGGAGCUCGGGGGUCCCGGGGCCCUCGUGGGGUCCCCGGUCCACCUGGCGUUCCUAGCUGACAACGGGCCACUGGUGGACAGCCCUCCGGAUCAUUCCUACUCGCUGUCUUCGGGCACCACGUCGGAGGAGCUGCUGCGUAAGCUGAACGAGCAGCGGGACAUCAUCGCCCUGCUGGAAGUCAAGAUGAAGGAGAUGAAGGGCAGCAUCCGGCGACUCCGCCUGGCUGAAUCCCAGCUGCGGGAGGAGAUCAGGGAGAAGGACCGUUUGCUCCAUGCCGCCAGCAUGGCUGGGGGGGCCCGCAAGCGCCACGGCCUCUGAGGCACCACGGCCGGCCGGGUCCCGAAUAUGCCUGGACACGGGGGUCUUGACGGGGAGUGGAGGGGUGGGGUGGGAUGUUGCAUCAAAAAGACUUGCAGGGUGGGGAAAGCGGUUGUCAAGACAAAGCUCCAGGCAGCUGCCCGAAUGACAUGUUAGGCAGCUCUGCCCUGCCAUGGGGGAGUGACCAGUUUUGAGCCCCUGGUUCUCUGCUUCCGAAGCCCACCAGAUUUAAUUCAUGGGACCUCA